AUGUGUGUGCGUGUGUGUUUACCUCAAACAGGCUUCCUAGACUCUCAGCCUCUGAGAGAGGCUGAUGAAGACUUGGUGUCAGAGGUCAACCUGAACAACACCCUCAUGACGGAGGAGGAGCGAGAGGAGAUUCAGCAGGAGCUGGCUAAACUGGAAGAGGAGAUCAGCACGCUGAGGCAGGUCUUGUUGUCCAAAGAGAAGCAGCACGCAGACCUCAAGCAGAAGCUGGGCAUCACUCCUCUGAGCGAGUUCAAAAACAACUUCAGCAGAGGCUGGCAUGACAUGCAGACCUCUACUGCGUGAGUUAACACGUGUGCGUGCAUGUGGAAAUGG